GACAGCCAUGACAACCGCUUCCAGUGCGCGCAUUCUCCGCGAGGCCGACUGGUGCAUUGUGGGAUUGCUGGAUCCCGUAAGGGCUCGGUAACGGCAGGAAUCAUCCGGGGGUGUUAUUUAUUCGGCUUUACCGGGAAAAGGGGCCGUUGUUCUGGCAGUCAGUCCGCGAUACUGGCGCCCAUGAAUUCGUCGGUAUCCAAGAAGACCCAGGACACCCUGGGCAAAGUGAUUAAAAAGCCCCCUCUGACUGAGAAGCUGCUCGGAAAACCUCCGUUCCGCUACCUGCACGACAUAGUGACCGAGGUUAUUCGAACCACUGGCUUCAUGAAGGGACUCUACGAGGACUCUGAGUUGAAGUCAGACAAUGUCAAGGACAAGGACUCUAAGAUUGCCUUCCUGCAGAAGGCCAUCGAUGUGGUGGCACUAGUGAGUGGGGAGCCUCUGGCAGUGAGACCGGCGCGCAUUGUGGCUGGUCAUGAAGCCGAGAAGACUAACGAGCUGCUCCAGGCCAUCGGCAGGUGCUGCCUCAGUAAGUUGUCCAGUGAGGAGGCUGUAAGGAGAGUGCUGCUAGGGGAGAAGCCUGAUCUCAGAGUGAAGCCCAGCAGUUCCAAAUCCAAAGACAAAGAGAACCAGGAGGACAGAGAGCACCCUCGGGACAACGAGCCGCAGAGAGUAAACAAAGAGCGAAGCUCCAGCAGGGACCGGAAGGAGCCUCCGAAGGAUCCUGAGGGCAAACGGUCUGAGAAGGACAGACCACGAGAUGCCGCAAGGUUUGAGAAGCGGCGUGAGCGCGAGAGGACCAAGGAGCGGGACCGUGACAGGGACAAGGACAAGGAGAGGGACUUGCGCAGAGAGAAGGACAAGGAGAGAGACCGGGAGAAACGGAGAGAGAGAGACAAGGAGAGGGAGCACCAUGAGCAGGCACAGGACCGGCAAGAAGCAGAGGAAUCAGAAAGGAGGUCCCGUGGCACAGAGGACAAACUGAGCAAGCGGCCACCUGAGCGGCCUGUUGGGAAUGGCAAGCCAGAAUCCGAGCAGGACAGUCCCAUGAGGAUACCCCGACCUUCUUCUGCCAAAGGUCAGAGGAGGUUACCAAAGCCUGGGGGACAGGAUGAAUCUGACAGCGAUGGAGGGCCAGAUGCUCAGCCAGAGGAGAAGACAGUCCAUCAGGAGAAUGGCGACGUGCCGGACUCACACAGACCUGGUGCUGCCUUGAGCGGUAACCGGGGUCUCCCACGACCCAGCAGCGCACGGCCAGCCCCGCCCCGCGUGAAGAGGCAGGAGGCCCAGCCCGAUGCCAUGCCCAUGGAGAGGCUGGGUAGCGCCAAGCCCUCGGCAGCGGUCAUCGUGGAUGGCGGGAAGCCAUCAGAGGAUGAAGAGGAUGAGGAUGCACAGUUCGUGGUGGAGGAAGCUGCCCCCCCACUGCCCGAGAUACCUGCGCUGGAAGCGGAGGCUGAGAUCGAGUUACAGGAGAACGAGAAGCAUGGUGGACUAGUGAAGAAAAUACUGGAAACUAAGAAAGACUAUGAAACUUUGUCGUCACCAAAAUCGAAAGACCAGGUAGGUCCAGGCAGCCCCCUCUUCAGAUGGUGCAAUUUCUAUGCCUUGUCACUAGGUGGCAGUGUAAUGCCAGGCUAUGCCAUUUAAGACCACCAUGCCUUUUCCUGAGGGUUAUGAAAAUGCAUUUCUGAGAUACCACUCUGGGUCAAAUGGAAACAAGCAAGCGUGAAAGUGGGCAGCCAAUCAUGUGUGAUCUGAGUGAAGUGUGUGUGUGUGUGUGUGUGUGUGUGUGUGUGUGUGUGUAUGUGUGUG